AAGAUGGUGGCAUUGCAUUUGUGUCAUGUGGUGGCUUCUAACUACAUUCAUGUGGAUUGAUUAAUUUACGUUUACAAUCGUUGUAAAAUUCAAGCAACUGAGUGUCAGUUUUUAAUUUAAUUUCAACUUUACAAUCGGUGUUGAGAGAGAGAGAGAGACUAAUAAUGGGUAUUCUAGGAUUAUCAAAAAUUAUUGCCGAUUUGGCUCCCAAUGCUAUAAAGGAACGUGAAUUAAAACAUUAUUUUGGGCGAAAAAUUGCUAUCGAUGCAUCUAUGUGUCUAUACCAAUUUUUAAUUGCUGUUAGAACUGAUGGAGCACAAUUAACAUCAGCAGACGGAGAAACAACAAGCCAUCUGAUGGGCAUAUUUUAUAGAACAAUACGCCUAGUUGAAAAUGGCGUUAAACCAGUCUAUGUGUUUGAUGGAAAACCCCCCAAUUUAAAAGGUGGAGAACUGGCAAAGCGUGCUGAGAGAAGAGAUGAGGCCCAGAAAGCAUUAGCAGCUGCUGAGGAGGCUGGAAAUACUGAGGAUAUUAGUAAGUUCAAUCGCAGACUAGUCAAAGUCACAUCGACCCAUGUAAAUGAGGCCAAGCAGUUGUUGAAGCUCAUGGGUAUUCCGUAUGUGGAAGCACCCUGUGAGGCUGAAGCUCAGUGUGCUGCUCUAGUUGAGGCUGGAAAGGUUUUUGCCGCUGCUACUGAGGAUAUGGAUGCACUCACCUUUGGAAGCAAUAUUUUAUUAAGACAUUUAACCUUCAGCGAAGUUAGAAAAAUUCCUGUACAGGAGAUCCAUCUUGAUAAAGUAUUAGAAGGUAUGGAAUUGACAAAACAAGAGUUCAUUGAUUUCUGUAUUAUGCUUGGUUGUGAUUAUACAAGCACUAUCAGAGGAAUUGGCCCCAAGAGAGCCAUCGAGCUCAUAAAAAAUCACAAGUCUAUUGAAAAAAUCAUUGACAAUAUUGAUAGUAAGAAAUAUGUCAUCCCUACUGAGUGGAAUUAUCAAGAAGCGAGGCAAUUGUUUUUGGAACCUGAAGUUGCAGAUGCUAAUAGUAUUGAGUUGAAAUGGAAUGAACCUGAUGAAGAAGGUCUCGUUAGAUUUCUUUGCGAAGAGAAACAGUUUGAUGAAACUAGAAUUCGUAAUGGAGCCAAGAAAUUGGCAAAGGCCAAAACCACAUCAACACAGGGAAGACUUGAUUCAUUUUUCAAAGUGUUGACAACCACCCCAUCAACAAAGCGUAAAGCGGAAGAGAAAAAAUCACAAAAGCCAUCCGUCAAGAAAGUUAAAACAAGUGGUGGUAAAUUCCGUGGAAAGGGCAAAUAAACGCAUUAGUGGAAAUCUUAUGUCAAUAUCGGAAAAAUUUCUCAUUCUCUAUUUCCAUGUUUCUUUCAAAAAUUUUGUAACCUGUCUAUUUUCGUAACUUUAUUACUUUUAACAGCAAUCCGUAAAUUGUGUUUUAUCUAUAACAAUUAUUUAACAAUCAAUGGUUUUUAUAACCAA